UAACAGCUUUCAUGCUUGGAGAUCCUAUAAUUAUUAUUUCUGCUGAGUUGGUUUGUUUAAUAUUAUUUCUUCUCUUUUCCUUGUUAGACAGGGAAAAAGGGAGAAAGAACAGUUUUUUUUUUUGUUUUUUAGAACAAGUCUUUCUCUACCCUCAGUUGCUCAUUAGCACUUGACUCUUUCUGCUGUUUCCUAAUUGGGUUAUCACUUACCACAUUUAUUGUGUUUGGCUUCUCCUCUUGCUUUCCCAAAUUUUUCUUCUCACUAAAAGUUUCAUUUUUGAGUUCUUGUUUGGUAUUUGAGAGGGAAGUUCAUUGGGUAAGCAGGGUUAUCUUGUAAGAAUUUAGACCAAUCGGAUAAUAGAUAAUAAUCUUCAUUCAACACCAAUUUGGAGCAUUCUCUCUGAUUUUUUUUGAUCAAGUGGGUCGUUUCUAGAUUCUUGAGGUAUUCUUAUUCCCUCCAAAGUGCUUGUGGAUUUACCCUUAAUAUUGUUCUUGCAAAACCUCCACUUCUGUUCUCAUUUCUCUUUGCCUUAUCUUCCUCAGUUUAAUUUCCACCCCUCAAGUUUCAAUCUUGCUUUGAAUAAGCCCAAAUUUGAUUGUAUGAGCAGUAGCUUGUGUUGUGCUUGUAAAUUGAAUUGAUGAAGUGGGAAACUAUAACCCUCCCUCCUACACCUUGUACUCCCAACUCCAACAUCAACACCAACACCAAUUGGUUGGUGGAAGAUAGCAGGAGCACAAAAUGGACCACUGAAGAGAACAAGCUCUUUGAAAAUGCUCUUGCGGUGCAUGAUAAGGAUACCCCAGAUCGGUGGCACAAAGUGGCUGAAAUGAUUCCAGGAAAGUCUGUUGUGGAUGUGAUCAGGCAGUACAAGGAGUUAGAAGUGGAUGUUUGCAAUAUAGAAGCUGGUUUGAUCCCAGUUCCUGGCUAUAGCACUGCCACCUCACCCUUCACCUUAGAUUGGGUGAACACUCCUAGUUAUGAUGGGUUUAAAGUAAGUGGAAAGAGAUCUUCCUCAGUGAGACCUCAUGAGCAUGAAAGGAAGAAAGGAGUGCCUUGGACUGAAGAGGAACAUAAAUUGUUUCUACUGGGUUUGAAGAAGUAUGGGAAAGGUGAUUGGAGAAAUAUUUCUCGCAAUUUUGUGAUUACUAGAACCCCAACACAGGUUGCUAGUCAUGCUCAGAAGUACUUCAUAAGACAACUUUCAGGAGGCAAAGACAAGAGAAGAGCUAGCAUCCAUGACAUAACAACAGUGAAUCUCACUGAAACCACCACAACUUCAUCAGAAGACACAAAUAGAUCCACUUCACCACACGCGCUCUCACAGCAGCAGCCAAAUCCUACUUCUACUACCCCCAGAACUCAUUUUCAGUGGAGCAAUGAGUCAAACACAGGAGUGGCUACGACACUUAGUCCUGCACAUGAAAGAGUCUUCAUGACUCCUUAUGGUGCCAACUCCUUUGAGGUUAAAAUGCAGGGACAGAAUCUGCACAAGAGUGCUCUUUAUGAGUCUUCUUACUUGGGACCUCAGACACAGAACAUGGUUUUCCAAAUGCAACAGUCCUCACAACACUAGUCUCACUUGUUGUAGUGAAUUAUUAAGGGGUAGAACCAGAAUCUCGUGUUGAUUUCAAUAAGAACAGUGCUUGAGCUUUUUCCCAAGUUCUAUGUGAAUAUCCUAGAAUGUUGGUUAGUUAUAAUGAACUUGAAGGAAGGUACGUAUAUUUGUUUCUUCAACAAAUAAAAAUUUCCUGAAAGGAGUGGCAGGCAAACAAGCCCGCAACGUUGGGUCUUGGUUGGUUUUUCUAUGUUGUCUAAGAAUAAUGGAUUUCAAGCCAAGUGUAUAAUGAAAUGUCAACUUAGAGAAAAAGAGGCACCUCAAAUUUGAAAACUAGCUAAGCAUGUAUGUAUGUAUGUAUUGAAUUCAAAGCAAAAUAUUAUUUGAGAAAUACAU